AUGUCUUCCAACUACGCUCCUUUGACAAUAGAGGCUUUGGAGCAGAUUUUGAGCGACAAUCAAAACUAUGCUCGAGAAAAUAAAUCGUUGAAAAAAGACUUGUUAGCAGCAAGGAGACAGUGUUGGAAAUGCGAUAAGCAUAUUUCUCAGGCAAGAACUAAUGAGAGAAAAAUUGCUGGAAGUCAAAUGGAUAAACUGAAAAAACAAUUUGAAAAGGAAAAGCAAGAUCUGAAAUUGAUCUAUGCUAGUGAUCUGGAGAGAAAGGAUAAGGAUAUCGAGAGAUUGGAGAAGGUGCUUCAGCGGAGGAAACAACAAAUUGUGAUUUUGCAAAAAGCCGUUCUCCAAUAUGAAGAAAAUGCCCCGUCUCGUCAUGAUCCACAUCCGCAAAAAGACAGGGUUCAUAAAAGACAGUUUCAUAAUUAG